AUGAAUUAUUUGCCUUAUUCAAGAAGCAAUUACUUAUCAAAAAACCUUUAUUAACCUGAACCUAUUCUAUUUUAUUUUGAUUUUGAAAACAUUAUUUUUAUUCAAUAUCCACAGAUCUUAGCUAUUUAAAGUUAAGAAAUUUUUAGAUGUUACGAUAUUCAAAAAUAAUUAAUUAUUUCAAUUCAAGAGAUAGUACAUCAUUCUGCCUGUUACAUAAUUGUUGCAUUACAAAUCUAAACAUGA